GCACCUUAACGGCUGAUAAUAAUCAGUUGUUAAUUGUCUCUAUUAGAAGACGUUCGGGUACAAGCAGCAGUAAAAAUGAAGGUAAUCAUCGCAACUUUCCUUCUGGCCUACACCACCAUGUGCUUGGCCGAACCUCCAGCACCUGCAGCAUCCGGCCCUUACCAGCCAAGGGGAUGGCGUCCAUCAGGUCCUGCCUUCAACUUGCCUGCCCGACAAACCAACGCAUCCCCGAUCCCACAGGAAUACGGACCACCACAAACUACAACGUCGGAACCUGAAACUACUACUUUGCCUCCAGAAAAUGAACUGUCCAAGUUGGAGUCAGAGGCUGAAAUGAUUGAGCUACCAGAACCGAAAAAGCAGCAACCUGUUCAACCCAACCCAAGUCAAACCUACGUGGUAGUACCUCAACCCCAACAACUAGUCUACUACACUCCUGCAAGGCUGGUUUACCAACAAGCCCAACCAGCUAAACUGACUCAACCCAGUGGACCAAAACUUGUUCCCGUUCAAGCCAUUCCAGCGCUUUCUAAGAUCGUUGAUCAAGCACCGGUUGUUCAACUUCAGGAAAUUCAGGCUGUACCGGUUGUUAGUUAUGCUUCGUCUUACACUCAGUCGCAGGUUGUCACGCCUUAUAGUUCCUCGUAUGUACAAGUUUUGCAGUAAACUAUUGUGUUGUGAUGUUAGAUUCUGAGUACUCUUUCUUCCUCCUAUGACUGGGUGAUUACGAAACUGUUCUAGUUAUCCAAAAAAAUAUACUAAAUCGCUUCAAAUUAUAGCUGCCACAUACUUUUCGU